AUGUGCCAGAACAGAGUUAUGGUCAAACAAUUCCUACAAGCCGGAGCCCUCACUGUUCUCCAGGCCGACGCAUGCCGUGUUGGCGGAGUCAACGAAUGCCCGGCAAUCCUCCUGCUUGCGGGCAAGUUUGGUGUUCCUAUUGCCCCACAUUCUGGCGGUGUCGGUCUGCUAGAGUAUACGCAGCACCUGAGCACGAUUGAUUAUGUUGUGGUGAGUGGAAAGAAGAGUCUGUUGGAAUAUGUGGACCACUUGCAUGAGCAUUCCGAGCAUCCAGCUGGUGUCAAGGAUGGGUAUUUUGUCACGUCGACGGUACCAGGGUAUAGCGUGCAGAUGAAGCGUGAUAGCAUGAACCAGUACUCGUUCCCCGGAGAGGCUGGAAAGAGCUGGUGGACGUCUGAGGAGCCUAGAGUUAUUCUGAACGGUCUGCGAGUUGUUUAG